AUGCAAUCCAAGCCGUUUGGGGGAAAGGUCAUUCUAUUUGGUGGUGAUUUUAGACAAAUUCUUCCGGUCAUCCCUAAAGGUACCAGAACAAUGCUAGUCAAUGCUUCUUUGAAUUCUUCUUAUGUAUGGUGGCGCUGUCAAGUACUAAAGCUAACUGAGAAUAUGAGAUUAAGAGUUGGUUGUCAGGAAGCAGAUUUGAAAGAAAUAAAGGAAUUUGAAGAAUGGAUUUUAAAGCUCGGCGAUGGUCUGCUUGGUGAAGAAAAUUAUGGUGAGAUUGGUAUUGAAGUACCAGAUGAUUUACUUAUUCAUGACCAAGUCAAUCCUAUUUCUUCUCUCAUUUCAUUUAUAUAUCCGGACAUGAAUAAGUUUUUGUGGGAUUUAACGUAUUUCCAACAAAGAGCGAUUCUUGCUCCAACUAAUGAAGCAGUGGAUUCAAUAAAUAAAGAGUUGUUAGAGAGUCCGCCUGGUGAAGAAAAGGUUUAG